GUUACGUAAUGUCAAACUGCGUUGUGCACAUGUCAAAGUCAAAAUAGCAGCUGAUUAUCUUUAGAUUUUGUUAUACAGUUUAUUUAUGUAAUAAAUCUGUAAAACAUCUCUUACGAGAUGAUUCGAAAAGUAGUUAUUGGUUCGGGGUUAGUAGCAGCACUCAUACCGACUGUGGGUGCUGCAUCUCCAAUACCAGAGGCAAAAGGAGCUUCUCCACCACCGCCAAUGAGACCAUCGGAGCUUCCAAUUUACGAAGCGCCUCAUGCCGAUUACGCGGAGCAAUUAGAAGCCGAGGGAAAAGAGAACAAAACAAGUUACAUCAGAUCAGCAUUGCAAACCCCAGUUACAGCUGUGAGGGAGACAUUCGAAACAGGAGUUGCUCAUACAUCCUCUCUUAAACACAGAAUCACAGACAACUAUAAUGAAUUUAAAGAUAGGAGUGAUUGGAUUAUCCAGUACUUGCGUGAGGAAGACAAUAAACAGACAAGAUAUGGAGCUGUUGCAAUGGGUGGUCUUACUGGAUUUAUUUUUGGCUUGAGGGGUGGUUUUAUUAGGAGAAUAUUCUAUGCUGGCAUAGGCACAACAGCUAUGGGAUAUGUCUGCUUCCCAGAGGAAACUAAGCAAAUUAUGAAUGAAAAUGGUGCACUUGCUAAGCAAUACAUCAAUAUUGCUUAUAACUUUUUGUAUGGAGUAAAACCAGGUGAUCCGCAACUCGAAGUCAAAUUCCCUGAGUUGUCUAUCCCAAAAGACUUCUCAGAAUUACUUGACAUGACAGUUUCUCUGGCAUCAACCGUGAAACAAGCCGUAAUGCCGCCGCCAACAAAAGAUUCAGACGAAAAAGUUUCGGAGAAAAAGGAAUAGGUAGACAUAGUGUGGCUUAGGAUAUUACUAUCUUGACGACAUAGACGACUUAGAUAUUGAGUAAUGUAAUAAUUGUACACGAAAAACCAUCACGAGUACCUGAUGUGAUUAUGAAUUAUAUUCUAUUCCACUACAGUGAUACAAACUAUCAAAUUCAUUAUUGACUAUUUAUUUAA